AAUUCCCCUUUGUAAAGCCCCACCACUUCAAGACUACAAGCGAUCUACAUUCGACGAUAAACAUCUAUAACUAUUCAUAAUCGUACAUAUCAAUCGAUAAUUUAAUUACUUUCACUGAAUUCUCGACACUCGCGCAAGACAAUCAAUAUCUGAAAAUACGUCAUUGAGCAAUUGAGACUUGGAGCGCAAAGAAACCUGAGCAGGCAGUUUUAUCGACAACGGGACUUGGAGAGAUUAGAGGGACAGGAAACACACAGUUAGCAAUUGAUCCAACGCCAAUAGCAGAAAUGACUUCAAAGGCCAUGUGGGAGGUUGACCCGGAGACAAGGUCAAAGCUCCUUGAUAUCUCCAAAACGAAUGGAAACGACCGAUGUAUCGACUGUGGCGCACCUUCUCCUCAAUGGGCUUCCCCAAAAUUCGGCGUUUUCAUCUGUCUAUCUUGCGCUGGAGUUCACCGCGGACUGGGAGUCCACAUUAGUUUUGUAAGAAGUAUCACAAUGGAUGCUUUCAAGGCGCAAGAAAUCGAGCGAAUGAGAGAAGGAGGAAAUAAGACUUGGAGGGAAUUCUUCGACCAGGAUGAUAGAAACGUCAUGAGUGGUAUCACUUGGGAUGAUGCAACGAUUGCUGAGCGAUAUUCUGGCGAAGUUGGAGAGGAAUACAAAGAACGACUCACUGCCAAAGUCGAGAAACGCGAAUACGUCCCCGUACCAAAAGCUCCUGCUUCAAAAUCUACAACUGCUGCCACAUCUUUCUCCAACCAUAGUUCUAGCAACUCCCAGUCACAAACUCCUCUUGGAACAAGAAACGCGAGUCCUUCUAAUGGUAAAGUGAAGGUUGACGAUAGAUAUUUUGCUGGACUUGGAGCUGCGAAUGCGAAUCGAUCCGAGGAUUUACCACCUUCACAAGGAGGCAAAUAUGGAGGUUUUGGAAGUCAACCAAUUGAGAGAGAAGAUAAUAAUCCAAAACUACCAGGUCUUGAAGAUUUACAGAGAGAUCCUGUCGCGGCACUUACGAAGGGCUUUGGAUGGUUCACAACUACUGUGGGAAAGACGGCAAAGACUGUCAAUGAAGGAUAUAUACAACCUACUGCUGCGAAGAUCGCCGAAUCCGAUGUAGCCAAACAAGCACAACUUACCGCCGCUCAAGUUGCCCGAAAUGCGCAAACUGGAGCCAAAAGCGCCGCAGAUGGAUUCAAUCGUUUUGUCGAAGGUAGUGGAGGUGGUCCUUCUAGGAAUGUACCUAUUGAUGAGAGCAAGAAGGAUUUCUGGGAUAGUUUCGCUGAUGCUGGGACCAAGAGACAACAUGCACCAAGUGCAUCAAUUGGAACUGCGGCUGUCAAGAGGAAUGGUGGAGGUGGAAAUGGAAGUGGCGUCGGGGCAAAGAAAGAUGAUGAUUGGGAAAAGUGGUAGAUGGGGACUUGAAAGGGAACUUGUUUGAAGAGACAAUAGGGAUAUGUGGAUAAAGAAUUACGGUUAGGUGAAUGUAUAUACAUAUAGACCAUAUGGUCGAAGGGGAAGUUUUAGCGAGACAUGCGAGAAAGAAUUUAAGAUUUCACGUUUUAAUGGCAUUUAGCUGCGUCUCGUUCAGAAAUCGACUGAGAUGUAGUAAUGUAGGU